AUGCGUCUUUGCAGGAACAACCCUCACCCAUACAUCACUGCUCUGGAGAACCGAGUGGACUGCUGGCCCGCUCUGCUGCUCGAGAUUGAUGACUUCAUCCAGCAGGCUGCUGAGAGGAAUGAACCCGCCUACGUCACCAUGCUGGCCCCCUUCCUGCGCUACCUGUACUGUGAGCCUCAGAGGCAGCCUCAGCACGCCCUGCUGCGCCACGGGCUCCUCAGGGUGCUGAUGCCCUCUCACCCAGCAGCCGGAUCACUCCUCCAGAACAAGGAGCAGGACCCGGUGUUUGAGAGCCUGCUGCACUGCCUCUGUCAGCUGGUGCCACACAUGCAGGUUGACAGUGUGGAGGCGGUGCUGGAGUUCUGUGGGUUCGUAGACGCCCUGCUGCAGGUUCUGGUCCCGGCCCCUGAGCAGUGGAGGUCAGAGAGGGUGGGGUUGACCCUCCAGCUGCUGUGUGCCUGCAGGCGCUGCCUACGGCUGAAUGCAGAUUGCAGACCUCUUCUCAACCUAUUACAGCAGCUCCUGCCGGCCUGCCAACAGGAGCUACCACUGGACGAGCUGUUGAUGGGCAUGGCCCUUCUCCUGCUAGAAGUCCCAGCAACCCAGCAGACCAGCCUGCUUAAUCUGGCUCUGAGUCUGGUCCCUGAGCAUGGGGAGCUGGCCCCCUGGCUGAGUCCGGUCCUGGUUCUUCCGGUGCUGCAGCUGCUGUCCUGCUUGGGCCUCACCGAGGCGCUGGCUGACCAGCGGAGGCACAGACUCAACCAGGACUUGGCCCACAGCCUCCUCCGCAGAAUCAGCAGGGAGACGGAUAAACUCUCACAGUCCAGCCCACCACUGGCUCUUCCUCUCAGUUCCUGGUACAACGAGCUCAGCGUGGCUCUCUCCGUACUGCGUAGAGUGACGGAGGACCCGGCGGCGGCAGCUGAUUGGCUGCUGUCCGUCAGCUCGGCCCUGUCCUCCGGCCAGAGCCAGCUAUGCUCCCUCAGCCUCAUGGUGACCCACCUCCUCCUCACGGGGGGGGAAGACGUCUGCCAGCUGGCUCUGAAGGCCAUCCAGGCCCUCGCUGCUGCAGAGCCCUGCCAG